AUGCAGCCGCUACAAAGUUCUCUCAACGAGCAAUACGGCAUUGCACACUGUCCCGAUAAUCCGAGUCAAAUAAUCCAAGAAUGUGGCGAUAAUGUUCCGUACAAUAGUUGUGGUCCAAUCAAUAUAGAGUAUCCAGAGUAUUUGAUGAAAACACCAUCGCUCGCAUCUGGCUAUUUGCAAGGCGAUGUGGCACGGUUCGAUUGUUUCCAAACGCAUUGGAUUAAAGGCGAAAACGAAUACAAAUGUGGUGUAGUGGUGGAUUACUACGAUCCAAACCAGUAUCGUUUCGAAUGGAAUAAAGGCUCACAGCCGUGGUGUCGUUCCAGAGAGAGGGAUAAUCUCUUCAAAUGGUUAACUAUUGUCUCCGCAACUGUUGGUAUAAUUAUGGCGUUCGUGCUGAUAUUCUUAAGUUGUUGGUGUGUGAAGCAAAAGAAGCGACGGGAUGCAGACGAACGCGGUUCGUCUAUCUACGCGAAAACUCCUCUGCGAGGACCAACGGUGAAAUUUAUUCGUUAUUUAUUGCUCGAAUACAUUCAGAGUUCUUACUUUGCGAAAAAUGUCCCUCUUAAUUGA